UGGCUUGCUGACUCAGGCACCACGUCACACAUCACAAAGAUUAAGUCUGCAUUAACGGACUACGUUCCAUUAAAAUCCCAUAAGGUUACAGGUAUUAGUAACCAGUGCAAAUUGAGAAAUGUAUUGUAUGUACCGAGUGCAACAAAUAAUCUCGUGUCUAUAACCCGCCUAGACAGAGAAGGAGGACAUGCAAUCAUGGGAAAUGGCGAGGUAACUCUUAAAGCGCCUGGAGGACGCAUAAUAGCCAAAGGAGAGUUACAAAACGGGUUAUAU